GUGUGCGAAGGGAGGGCGGUCGUCCCCCUCUCUCCUCUCCUCUCCUCUCCUCUUCUCUCCCCUCUCCGACGCACACGGCAGGUUUCGGCUUACAGCGCAUACCAGCCCAGUCCGAUCACUCCAAACCCGCAGAAUACACCCUAAACCCGGGACAACUACCCACAGACCCGCCUCUACCCUCCACCUCCAGCCGGGAUCUCACGGAAAGACGCCCCAGACCCCGAUCUUGUGGAUGUAAGCGUGUGUUUUGUGCGGUUUUUUUUUUUUGGAGACGGGAAUGCGCUCUGCUUCUUCGCUCCGUGGAUUGUGACUGUGGGAGCGACCAUGUUAAAAGGGAGGUGAUACAGAGAGGACCUGAGAGCUGCUCUAUCCCAGCUCCAUCGUCUCUGGAUAGAAGCAACAUCUCCGAUAAGAGUUCAGUACCAAAACAACCUUAGCAUGACCCGCUAAUGACGCUAACCACUCAGCUCCUGGUGCGAUGAGUGCGGAGAUAUAAUGGCCAAAAACAAGGAUGCCCGACCACCGACGUUUGCAGUCAGUGUGGUCGGAUUAUCAGGGACAGAGAAGGAGAAGGGAAACUGCGGAGUCGGGAAAUCGUGUUUGUGUAACCGUUAUGUUCGCCCCAACGCGGACAACUACUACUCUGAACACACCUCAGUCCUCAGUACGAUAGACUUUGGCGGCAGAGUGGUUAACAAUGAUCACUUCCUGUACUGGGGCGAUGUUUGCCAUAGAGGAGACGAUGGAUUGGACUGUAGGAUUCAAAUCAUUGAGCAAACGGAAUUUAUUGAUGAUCAAACGUUCCUACCACAUAGGAGCACAAACUUACAGCCGUAUACGAAAAGAGCGGCCUCUACGAAGUUGCAAUCUGCGGAAAAACUUAUGUACAUUUGCACAGAUCAGCUAGGUCUGGAGCAGGACUUUGACCAAAAGCAAAUGCCGGAUGGAAAACUCAACAUUGAUGGAUUCAUUUUGUGCAUAGAUGUUAGCAAAGGUUGUAACCGCAAGUUUGACGAUCAGAUGAAAUUCGUAAACAGCCUCUACUCGCAAAUUGCCAAAACAAAGAAACCAAUCGUGGUCGCUGCUACGAAAUGCGAUGAAUGUGUAGACCAGCAUUUGAGGGAUUUGCAAGUGUUCGUAGCGAGCAAGAAAAACCUUCUUCUCAUUGAGACGUCAUCAAAAACAAAUGUAAAUGUUGAGCUAUGUUUCAAUUCGCUGCUACAGCAGUUAGACAAAACGAGAGGAAAACCGAAAACUGUACCCUAUCUGGAAGCGUACAAAAUCCAACGGCAACUGGUUGCCUCGGUAACGGAUCGAUUUGAAAAACUGAUGGUCCAAACUGUACGGGAUUACCAUACAACGUGGAAAGCGGUGACGAAUAAUCUCCGAGGGCAACCAGAUUACGAGGAAUUUAUAACGUUGGAAGGGUCUCGAAAAGCACGGAAUACAUUCACGAAGCACAUUGCACAACUUAAACAGGAGCACAUCCGGAAAAGAAGGGAGGAAUACUUAACAACGCUUCCCAAAACUUUAAAUAACAUGUUGAAUAAUUUGGACGAAGUCGAGCAUUUGACAUGGCACGAAGCGCAAAGUGUAAUCCGAAACAGACAUGAUUUUCAAUUUUGGUUUAUAAUCUUGGAUCAAACUCCUUGGGAUGAAUCGGAUCAUAUUGACAACAGCGACCGAAGAAUACCGUUUGAUCUAUUGGAGACUCCUGAAGCAGAAAGAAUAUACCACAAUCAUGUCCAGCAUUUGUUAUCGGAAAAACGAAGAGGCGAAAUGAAAGAAAGAUUCAAGAAGACGCUAGAACGAGUCCAUUUCAUCAGUCCUGGCCAAUCUUGGGAGGAAGUUAUGUGCUUCGUAAUGGAAGACGAAGCUUACAAGUACAUAACCGAAAUGGAUAGACGAGACGUUUAUGCAAGACAUCAGCAAGAAAUAGUUGAACGAGCCAAAGAAGAGUUUCAGGAAAUGCUUUUUGAACACGCUGAACUGUUUUACGAUUUAGAUCUUAAUGCUACUCCCAGUUGCGAUAAAAUGACAGAAAUUCAUAGCGUUUUGAAUGAGGAGCCGAGAUACAGGGCACUGCAAAAACUAGCCCCAGAUAGAGAAUCGCUUCUGCUAAAACAUAUUGGAUUUGUCUAUCAUCCGACAAAAGAGACGUGCCUAAGUGGUCAAAAUUGUGUUGAUCUCAAAGUAGAGCAGGUUUUAGCUAACAGAUUGGUCCAGCUGGAUCAUGGUCGUUCAAAUUUGUACUACAACAAUCCCAAUGUGGAUAAACUCAACUUGUGUCUCUUGGGAAAGGAAGGCCUUGCACAGGAAUUAGCGAACGAAAUCCGUGCACAAUCCACAGAUGAUGAAUACACUUUGGAUGGGAAAAUUUACGAACUAGAGCUACUUCCUGUUGACGUGAAUUCGACUUUGCUUUUUAGCCACACCUGGGUCUCCACCUUCAAACCUCAUGGAUGUUUUUGCGUUUUUAGCUCCAUUGAAAGCUUGAAUUCCAUUGGGGAUUGUAUCGGAAGAAUCAGAGCAGAAAUUGCUGGAAGUCGAAGAGAUCGUUUUGCCCAACCUUUACCAUUCAUUCUUAUUCUUGCCAAUCAAAGGGACAACGUAUGCAAAAACAUCCCAAUUUUGCGUCACCAAGGACAGCAACUAGCUAACAAACUCCAAUGCACAUUUGUUGACCUUGUUGUUCCUUCUGGGGCAUUCCCGAGAAAAUUUACAGAAUUCCAAAUCAAACAAGGACUGAGAGCGGUUCUAGAUAAUAUGAAACACAAUUUUGACUUUCUGGCCCCACUUCCUUCAAUAAAAGACAUGUCUGAAAUGGAUCUACGAAUUGUGAUGUGCGCAAUGUGUUGGGAUCCUUUUAGCGUGGACCUGAUUUUGUCCCCGUUUUUGGAUUCGCAUUGCUGUAGCGCUGGUCCAGCCGGUCAUAGCAACUCGCUCAUUCUUGAUAAAAUUCUCGGUGAAACUAGGAGAAGAAUUCAAGUUACGGUUUUGUCCUACCACUCUGCGAUUGGUGUACGGAAAGAUGAACUUGUCCACGGAUACAUUUUGGUGUACUCAGCAAAACGCAAAGCUUCCAUGGCGACUUUGCGAGCGUUUUUAGCCGAAGUCCAAGAUGUAAUUCCCGUUCAAAUGGUUGCGAUAACUGACAGCCAAGCAGACUUUUUUGAAAAUGACGCGAUUAAAGAACUAAUGACGGAAGGUGAGCAUAUCGCCACAGAGAUCGCAGCCAAAUUCACUGCGUUGUACUCUUUGUCGCAGUAUCACAGACAAACUGAAGUCUUCACGCCAUUUUUCAAUGAAGUCUAUCAGAAAAAGCAAGGCAUUGAAAGUUCUUUCUUGUUCGAUAAUUCAUCCAGAGAAUGCACAACCGGAGCGAGCGAAGACAUUUUUCCAACUUCGCCUCAUAGCCACUCCCCCGCUUACAACACCUACUAUCCCGACUCAGACGAUGACAACGAAGCACCGCCUCCUUACAGUCCAAUUGGAGAUGAUGUUCAACUUUUACCAACUCCAAGCGAAAGAGCCAAAUAUCGGAUAGACUUGGAAGGUAACGAAUAUCCUGUCCAUAGCACCCCAGUUGGGGAACACGAACGCAACCAUAAAGUGCCUCCUCCAGUAAGGCCUAAACCAGUUCUGACAAAACCAAAUGUUCGAAAACUUGAUCCGAAUUUGCUCAAAACGAUUGAAGCGGGAAUGAGAAGCAACCGCAGAAUGCCUAGACCUCCACUGGUACACGCUGAAGACGUCGAAACUUCGGAAAACUAUGCCGAUCCGGUUGAUACGCUCAGAUCCCGAGGGUAUAUCAACGACGAUAUCUAUGCAGUUCCAGAAGACUCGCACAGCCGCUUGAUUAAAAUUCGAAACACUUUCGGAGGACUACAUCAUGGCGGAUUGGAAGAGGAGAACGGAUAUGAGCGGAAAGCUAAUACAACCGGACGAAGACCUUCAAAAUACAAGCACAGAUCCAAAAUAUUGUUCAGUAAAACAAAGGCGUAUCAGAGGCGGUUUCAAUCGGACAGUGAUGGGGAGGAGAGCGGACCCGCAACGCAGAAAAAGAAAAAAGGGAGAGCACACAGAGGAAGUGAAGAGGAUCCACUUCUCUCUCCGGCCGAUCCGUGGAAACAGGGAAUCGAUAACCCUGCCAUAACCUCUGACCCCGAGCAAGAUGACAAAAAGAUGAAGAAGAAGAAGACUGCCAAGACGCCCAAGGAGCCCAAAAAGCCCAAAUCGUCUAAGCCGGCCAAGCCCCUGUACCCGCCCACCCGCAGGACCUGGGACAGUAACUAUUUUGGUGUGCCACUGGAAAACCUAGUGACUCCAGACCACCCCAUCCCCCUGUUCAUCGAGAAGUGUGUGGACUACAUCGAGAAAACAGGCUUGACAACAGAAGGCUUGUACAGAGUCAGCGGCAACAAAACGGACCAAGACAACAUCCAGAAGCUAUUUGAUCAAGAUCACAGCAUAGACUUUGUGACUCUCGACGUCGCCAUAAACGCAGCAGCUGGAGCACUGAAGGCGUUCUUCGCAGACCUGCCUGACCCUCUGAUCCCCUACAGUCUGCACCCAGAGCUGGUGGAGGCCGCAAAAAUCGUGGACUACAUGGAGCGACUUCUGGUUUUAAGGGAAAUCGUGAAGAAGUUUCCUCCAGUGAAUUACAAUGUGUUCAAGUACAUCAUCACUCACCUCAACAGGGUGAGCCAGCACAGCAAAACCACACUGAUGACUGCAGAUAACCUCUCCAUUUGCUUCUGGCCCACUCUGAUGCGCCCGGACUUUGAGAACAUGGACACGCUCUCCACCACAAAGCUGAACCAGUCUGUCGUGGAGUGCUUCAUUCUGCAGAGCGAUUAUUUCUUCCAUGGAGGAGAAGUGGCCGAGAGCUCGAGCAGCGAAGGGACCCCUCCUCAUCACUGUCACAACAUGGUCGAGGCUCUGCUCCCUCUGCAACUGCCCCCUCCUCUGCAGCCCCAGCAGAUACAGCAUUCAAUACCAGCUGAACCGCUAAUAUGAGGGGCAUAACAUGUCUGAAAGAGGACUGAACCAGGACUGAACCAGGACUGAACCAGGACUGAACCAGGACUGAACCAGGACUGAACCAGGACUGAACCAGGACUGAACCAGGACUGAACCAGGACUCUACUCCCUCUGCAAUUGCCGCCUUUUCUGCAGCCCCAGCAGAUACAGCAUUCUGUACCAACUGAGCCGCUCAUAAAAAGGAUAAACCAGGACUGAACCACCUCCUGUGCAACCCUCUCAAAUACAGCAUUCUGUACCAACUGAACCACUCAUACGUGACAGCCAGGUCUUAACCGGGACUAGACCAACACUAAAGCAAGCUGAAAAUAGCCUAACUUUAAAGGGAGGGAGAGGAAGAACUAGACCUGGACUAGACUUGGACUAAAUCUGGGACUAAAACAGGGAGAAACCUGCUGUUGCCUCAGCAAAUCCAGCAUUCAAUUCGGACCAGACCAGGACUAAAACCGGACUUGGUCAAGAAAAAGGUCUAAACCAGAACUUGAGCAGGACUGAACAAGAACUACUUUUGCAACCUCAGCAGAUUCAUCCCACUUUGACCCACAGAACAGUUGUAUACAGGCACUAGUAUACACACUAGGACUCAACAAGGACUCAACAAGGACUCAACAAGGACUCAACAAAGACUCAACUAGGACUCAACUAGGACUCAACCAGGACUCAACCAGGACUCAACCAGGACUCAACCAGGACUCAACCAAGACUCAACCAAGACUCAACUAGGACUCAACCAGGACUCAACAAGGACUCAACAAGGACUCAACAAGGACUCAACUAGGACUCAACUAGGACUCAACUAGGACUCAACUAGGACUCAACUAGGACUAACAAGCACACACCACUAACCUAAAUGCAUUAAUGCUAGAAUUACUGUUAGUUUAAGCUAGCCCAACUAACCACUAGGAAACCAGGACUAAGCUAGGACUAGACCAGGACUAAACCAGUACUAAACCUUACUUACAGAAAGCAACUCUUUACUUUGUCAUGAAUGCACAAUAAAUAUAUUUAACGACAAUAAAUGAGACGUUCUGCGAAACUCCCUUCAGUCCUCUGCAAUAGUGUCAACUACUUUGGACUGGACAGAUCCUCAAAUGAAGACGAAUUUGACAUAAUCAAAGACAUGUUUGGACAAGUCUUCUGAUUCGGUGGCUUUCCGAUCAUCAUCUUUACCUGGAUUUGAGAAUAGUGUCGUCGAAAUCUGAACGAAUUUUGGAAAAUUUGAAAAACUUGUUGAACUUUUCCGAAUGGUAAAUCUUUGGCACAUAACGUCGAUACUAAAGUGAAAUCAUUCUGAGCAGGGUUUGUGGACUUAACCAAGACUGUUUUGAAAAGCACACAACUGUCCUGCAUUCUCCUGCAACGAAAGGGAUGAAAGGGAUUAAAAACUUCAAAUUGUUCAAUGGAUAUUUUAAAAUUCCGGGUUGAUUCUUGGAUUUGAGUCUUCCCUGCUUUUUUUGCUUCAACUUCUGCUAAUUCUGACCCGCAAAAUCGAAAUUAAUCUGGGUCAUAGCCAUGUUUUGUUCCUCCACUGUGACUUUAAGCAAAUAGACAAGGAUUUAUUACAAACUUAAAAUGGAAAAAGUGGAUUAUUUUUUAAUUUUUGGAGUUUUUUUUGAAGGUGGAACGAAGACUGUUGUACCUCCACCGCUGUGAACUGCGCCCUCUCCUGGACAGCACAUGCACGCUCGGUGUCCAAGGUCCUUUGCGAUGAUUUCAGUUUUAUUUUUCGUUUAUUUUUAAUGUUUUUGUAUUUUUGUCGCUGUGUGAUGGAGAUGAGUGGUUAUUUGUCUGUAUGUUCCAUGUUUAAGAUUUGAGAAGAUUUGAAAGUGGUGAAAAUUUAAAAAGAUAAAACUAAUUGUAGCCAAGAAAUUGAUGCAAAAAUGUAAUCGCCAACUAAAAAACCUCAGAUGAUAAAGAUGAGGAGUUUGGGUUGUUCACAGCUAGUUUGUAAAAGAAAAACAAAAGGUUUAAAGUAAAAGAAUGUACAUGGAAUUGUGAAAAAAAAAAAUCUAUAAAAUGUGCCUUGUAAAUAUAUAUGGCACAUAUAAUGAUGGCCAGUCAUGAAAUCCUAACUUAAAAAAUUAGCUUUAAAUAAAUGGUUACUGCAAAUUAGGGUUGUCAAAAGUAUCGAAAAUCUGAUACUAAUUGAUACUAAAACUAGCAUCGAAAAUAGAUACUUGUUCAAGCAGGUAUUGAAACUAAAGAAAAAAAUUGCAUAAUGGAUAAAUUGGACUUUCCUGAACAGUUCCAUCUUGAGUUUUAUCAGACUGCUAGAAUAAACAAAUACUAUGAUUGUGCAUUGACAGCUGCAGUAUUGUGUAAAAAAGAGCUUUUAAAAUGAUCAUUUAUGUAUCGAGUCUAUUCUUUAGUUUGAAAAUUGAGUUUGACAUGUCAGUAUUGUGACAACACCAAGUCAAAGAAUCAUUGUCUUGAUUUAACGUUGGUUUAGACUUGGUUUUGGUCCAGUUUAGACCUGGUCUAUUUCUUGGUUUACUUCUGGUUUAGACCUGGGUUUAGUCCUCACAUAGUUUUCGUUUGCUCACAGUUUAUUGUAAAGCAGAGAUAAAGCCAAGCUCUGUAAUCCAAUAACUAAACUAACCUAAAGAUGCACUAUGCAACUUUUUGAUUGGGGGUUCCUCUGUCUGCUUGUCACCUCUUGUCUCCAUGGAGAUGCUGUUGAUAUGUCUGAAAUCUUCCAGAGUAUGGUAUUAAACUUGCCCAUGUUUAAUGUUUUAAAACACCUUGAGCUCAUACAUACUCUUAAUGUGAGCGGGGUUGCCUUUCCACAGAUCUGACCUAUAAUCUCCCCUGUACGUCACCCGCUUGUCUCCAUAAGUAUAGGUAAGUUUAACCAUACUGUGAAAUAUUCCAGGCAAAGCAAUAACAAGCAGUUGGCACACCCUCCACCAGAAAAGUUACACAAUGCAUCUUUAAAUAGAACCACAGAAAUGAACUGAGGAAGAAAAAUCUGACAAGGGAUAAAAUUGUGUUCUGAGAUCAGACGUAGGUCUGAUGUAAGUUUAAAAUUUCACAUCCAGAAAUAAUUCUUAAUAUUUCCAAAUGAUACUCCGUGGGUUUGACCCAAUUUGGACCUGGUCCUGGUUGAGACCUGGGGUUAUUUUAAACCUUGCUUAGUUCUCAUUUUGUCCCUGACUUUAGGGUCCAGUUUACUCCUUAAACUCAUCUGUAUUCCCUUUUUCAAUUUGAAUAUGAAAUAAUAAUUGAAACAGUUCGUGAAAAUUAACCUCAAAGUACUUAGUCGUUUUUUGUAGCUUCCAACAAAGGGUUUAGACUUGACCUGGCUUAGUCUGGAUUUAGACUGGGUUUAGAACAGCUUUAGCCCGGGUUUAGACCAAGAUUUGACCAGGUUUAGACCAGCUUUAGCCCAAGAUUUGACCGGGUUUCGACCGGGUUUCGACCAAAAUUUGACUGGGUUUAGACCAAGAUUUGACUGGGUUUAGACCAGGUUUACACUGAGAUUUGACCAGGUUUAGACCAGGUUUAGACCAAGAUUAGACCGGGUUUAGACCAAGAUUUGACUGGGUUUAGACCAGGUUUACACUGAGAUUUGACCAGGUUUAUACCAGGUUUAGACCAAGAUUUGACCGGGUUUCGACCCUUUUACUUUCUCCGUUAAAUGACACAAACUCGCUGUGAACAAGUCUAAACUCCAUGAACUCGAACUGUGUGAUCCCUGCGUGAACCACUAGGAGACGCUACGUUCUUCCUCCCUGUUUUUCUGCAUGUCUGUUUUAGUGCAACUUUUAACAAGAAAAAAGAAAACAAAAAAUAAUAUGAACUUGUAAAGGAUUUUAUCAGGAGCCCGACGAGAAACGGGCUCAAACCUCACUUUUAAUUUCUGUCAGAAAUCAUCAUAUUUUUGGUUAAAUAGUUUGUUUUUCCUAUAGACAGAUAUAUAUAUGAGUAAAGCUAUAUAAAUCUUAACUUGUAGUGGGGUACUCAACAAUACGCUAUGGGACAAUGUGAGCGAAUGAAUGAGAAACUAAUGUUAAAGUCUCUGUACCGGAUUUU